AUGGGAGGCAAUACGACAUCCAUCACAGAGGUCAUUCUGCUGGGGUUUCCUGUUGGCCCGAGGGUCCAGCUGCUCCUCUUUGCAGUCUUCUCCCUGUUCUACGCCUUCACUCUGCUGGGGAACGGGACCAUCUUGGGGCUCAUCUCCAUGGACCCCAGACUGCAUACCCCCAUGUAUUUCUUCCUCUCUCACCUGGCUGUUGUUGACAUUUCCUAUGCCUGUAACACGGUGCCCCAGAUGCUGGUGAACCUCCUGAGUCCCACCACGCCCAUCUCCUUUGCAGGCUGUCUCACACAGACCUUCCUCUUCCUGACUUUUGCCAUCACGGAAUGUCUUCUGCUGGUUAUGAUGUCCUAUGAUCGUUACGUGGCCAUCUGUCAUCCCCUCCGGUACUCCGCCAUCAUGAGCUGGAAGGUCUGUCUUGUCCUGGCAACUGCUUCUUGGACCGUGGGGGUCUUUCUGUCCUCAGUUCAUCUGGUAUUACUUUUGCCAUUGCCUUUCUGUAGAACUCAGAAAAUCUAUCACUUUUUCUGUGAAAUCAUGGCUGUUCUCAAGCUUGCCUGUGCAGAUACUCACAUUAAUGAAAUCAUGGUGUUGUCUGGGGCUGUGUCUGUCCUGGUGGGGCCACUUUCUUCCAUCGUCAUCUCCUAUAUUAGUAUUAUCUGUGCCAUCCUGAGGAUCCAGUCUGGGGAGGGGCGGCAGAAAGCCUUCUCCACCUGCUCCUCCCACCUCUGUGUGGUGGGGCUCUUCUACGGCACAGCCAUCAUCACGUAUGUUGGACCCCGAUAUGGCAACCCCAAGGAGCAGAAGAAGUAUCUCCUUUUGUUCCACAGCCUUUUCAAUCCCAUGCUCAACCCCCUGAUCUAUAGUCUAAGGAACAAAGAAGUGAAGAAUGCUUUGAAGAAGAUGUUGCGGAAAGGGAAUGCUUCUUGA